GAGCGGCGGCGGCGGGCGGGCGGCGAGCAGCGCGCCGCCGGCUCGGCGGGCCGCGGGCAGCGGGCGCUCCGCCCUCGGUGCGCGGGGCCUCCCCUCUCCGCGCCCGCGGAGCGCCGGCGCCCGCCUAUAUCUACGGCCGCGGCGGCCCGCCGCCCGCAAGGAUGUGAGGCGGGCGGGCAGCCCAGCCGCCGCCGCCGCCGCCGCCGUGGCAUGCCCCCCCGCGCCCGGAGCCGUCGGCGCGGCGCCUAGCCGCGGCUCCGCGGGGCGAUGCUGCCCUGGAAGCGGAGCAAGGUGGAGCUGGUGGCGGGCGAGGCGCGGCGGCAGAGCAAGCCCAAGGGGUACGCGGUGAGCGUGCACUACUCGGCGCUCACCUCGCUGGCCCGCGCCUGCCCCGAGAGCGCCCUGCACCGCGUGGGCAGCAUGUUCCGCUCCAAGCGGCGGAAAUUCCGCGUGACCAGCGAGGACCCCACGUACACCGUGCUCUACCUGGGCAACGCCACCACCAUCCAGUCCAAGGGCGAGGGCUGCACCGACCUGGCCGUCUGCAAGAUCUGGAGCAAGAGCGAGGCGGGCCGCCAGGGCACCAAGAUGAAGCUGACCAUCAGCGCGCAGGGCAUCCGCAUGGCCCACGCCGAGGACAAGGGGCUGCGCCGGCCCGGCCACCUCUACCUGCUGCACCGGGUCACCUACUGCGUGGCCGACCCGCGCCUGCCGCGCGUCUUCGCCUGGAUCUACCGCCACGAGCUGAAGCACAAGGCGGUGAUGCUGCGCUGCCACGCCGUGCUGGUCUCCAAGCCCGAGAAGGCGAAGGCCAUGGCCCUGCUGCUCUACCAGACCUCGGCCACGGCGCUGGCCGAGUUCCGCCGGCUGAAGAAGCGGGACGACGCGCGGCACCAGCAGCAGCAGCUGGUGGGCGAGCAGAGCAUCCCGCUGGUGCCGCUGCGCAAGCUGCUUAACGGGCAGUGCUGCUACAAGCCGCCGGUGGAGCGGAGCCGCAGCGCGCCCAAGCUGGGCUCCAUCACGGAGGACCUGCUGGGCGAGGAGCAGGAGGAGCGGGCCAUGCACUGCGACUGCGAGGACAUCCUGGAGGCGCUGGGCGAGCCCGAGAGCGAGCUGCUGCGCGCCGGCGCCGGCCGCGGCGAGGGCGCGGAGCUGGGCCAGCUCCUCCGCGACCUGGGCGAGCUCAGCCUGGGCAACGACCUGCGCUCGCUGCGCGCCGACCUCCGCGUCCGCCGGCUGCUCUCCGGCGAGAGCACGGGCAGCGAGUCCUCCCUGGAGAGCAACGGCCCGGACGGCGCCGCCCCGCCCUGCAACGGCGCCGAGCAGCCGCCCCCCGGCGACCCCGAGACCGGCUGAGCGCUCGGCCGCGCCGGGGCUGCGCGGUCCCUUCCGGGCGUGCGCGGCGCCGCCGGGGCGCGCCGGGGCCCCUCCGGCCCCUCCGGGAGUGCGCGGCCCCGCCGGGCCCCCCCCGGGCGCCCUGGUUCCCUGCGGCACCCCCGCGAGCCGCGGCAUCCCGGGGAGCGGCCGCCCCCCCCCCCCGCCCGGUGCCGGUGCCGGUGGCCGCCGGAGCCGGGCCCCAGCCCGCCGCGGCCCGAGUUGGGGAGGCGGCCGCGGGCUGUUUAGCUCCGGCUCAGCCCUUGAAGAUCUGCCAAAUUCCUGGAAUAGCUUUCCCCGGGGAGGGCGGCGGGAGGGAGGUGUUGCGCCUUGUUUACAGUCAGAAAUCUCACAUCCGAGAGGGCCCCCCCCCCCGCCAGUUUCUCCAUUAAAGUCACUCCAUCGUGCUGUCGUGUCCGAGAGGUUUGCACUGUUGUGAAUUUUUUUUUUAUUAUUAUUAUUUUUAAGUUAGACCCUUUUUUUGGGCCCCGGUCCUGUCCCCGGUCUCAAUGCUCUAGAUCUUUUGCUGUGCAAAAGAAGACUCUACUUGUGGCUGUUCACCUGUACAUAGGGAAAUGUAUGCAAAUACAUUUUGUUAUUUUUAAGAACACCACCAUUGCGAUCUCCUCUGUUUGCACAUACGUGAAGAAAAUAAAGAUGACAGUAAUUUAAAAGAAA